GAGUCUGCUCCCCACCCUUUCAAAGUAUAAAACCCGUCGUACUCCACUCCGCUGAUCAGAAAGCGGGAACAGAUAGGAAUUGAGAGGUGUGGACUGUGGAGCCGCUGCUGCUCUCUCCGCCACCGCUCCAUGGCAAUCGCUCGACUCUCCGCCUCUCUCUUCCUCGCCCCCCGCCGUACUCUCUCUCUCUCUCUCUCUCUCCUUAACUAUUCUAGAAUUCUGGUCACUCACGUUCCAAAUUGUGAUGUAGAGGUUGGUGCUGUUGGUUCGGGAAAAACCCUUUCCUCUCCUCGUCUUCCCCUUUCAAAUGCCGUGCGAAUUGCGACCUCCUUCUCGACCGGUUCGCCGCUUCUUGUACGGAGAACAUCUAGCCAGAGGAAGUCAGCAUGCAAAGCAACAUUAGUUUCCAUAAGAUGCGAACAAAGUACAAAUGAGGGCAAUAGUUUGGAUGUAUGGUUAGGCCGGCUUGCGAUGAUUGGCUUUGCAGUUGCUAUUAGUGUUGAAAUAGCAACAGGCAAGGGACUCCUUGAGAAUUUUGGACUAACAGCACCCUUACCAACUGCUGCUCUGGCACUUACAGCAUUAGUUGGGGUUUUGACAGCAAUAUUUGUCUUCCAAUCUGCUUCUAAGAAUUAAGAGCAAGGAUAUCUGGUUGAUGCAUUUCUGAUUGUCAGACCUGUAAAAUCACUCCUACCAGAUACAUAUGUCUAUUGUACAAUUGUAGACCACACCUAGGUUUUUCAAAUUUCAAGUCAUGAUGUUUACCUGUUGAUCUCUCUCUCUCCCUCUCUCUUUCACAUGCGCAGUUUGUAAGAAUUGAUCUCAUUUGAGUUUUCUGUAUGCAGUUUGCAGAGUUUGUGUUGUCUGAUCUAUGUUUUAACACAUUCUUGUUAAUUUGUUGUGUGUCCUACUGCAAAUGAAAACAGCAGCAUCUGAAAAUGUACCAGUAUUGGUUUUAUUUAAUAUAUGCCCCUCUAUAGGGUGGUUUUUAUUUGGA